CCGCACUUCUCCUGCACUGCGCAGGCGCCAUGCAUGGAGACCGGAAGCGGAAGGCUUGAACGCUUUGGGUGGGCACCUGUGAGACCACUAGCCAUGCGCGACUUGGAGGAGACCGGCCCUCGACCCACAGCGACCUCGUGCGGGUGCGUGAAGCCGGCUCUGGAGACAGGGAAUCUUUUAACGGAGCCAAUUGGUUACUUGGAAUCCUGUUUCUCGGCCAAGAAUGGUACUCCAAGGCAGCCAUCCAUUUGUAGCCAUUCACGGGCUUGUUUGAGGAUUAGAAAAAGCAUCUUUAAUAAUCCUGAACAUUCCUUGAUGGGCUUAGAACAGUUUUCUCAUGUUUGGAUUUUGUUUGUUUUUCACAAAAAUGGUCAUUUGAGCUGUAAGGCAAAAGUGCAGCCUCCUAGGCUGAAUGGUGUGAAGACUGGCGUUUUCUCUACAAGGAGCCCACAUCGUCCCAAUGCGAUAGGACUGACCCUAGCCAAACUGGAAAAGGUAGAAGGUGGAGCCAUAUACCUUUCUGGAAUUGACAUGAUUCAUGGCACACCUGUACUAGACAUAAAGCCCUACAUAGCUGAUUAUGACUCGCCACAAAAUUUGAUUGAGCCUUUAGGGGACGUUAAUUUACAGAAUAACCAAUGUAAACCAAAAACCGUGUCCCAGUGUGACGGCAAGACUGAUAGCUGUGACGAGCAACAGCUCUCAGGGUAUGAGGAACCACAGCUCUACAGUUGUACUAAGGAGAAACCUAAAUGUCCUGAAGAUAGAACUUCGGGAGAAAACAACGCAAAACAAGACAACUCAGCAAAAAUCCAGCAAAGCUCACCUGAGCCCAGGGAGAGAGCAGCAGAUUUGGGUGAAGAAUCAGGAAGUGGUCCGAGUCCUAGGGUAGCAGAAGAGCAAAGUGGCCCAUGUUGCCUGGAGAAGAGCGUUUCAGAGGAACAAGCAGACAGCAGGCUGAGGAGAGGGGAAGCAGCGGUGGUUGCACAAGGACACAGCACGGAGAUGCCGCCCGAGGCUCUUCUCUGCCCUUCCAGGGCGGCUGGUGCAGCCCACCGCAGUGCGGUCCCCACCUGGGUGAGAGAGGCUCCCGUGGCCACCUUGGGAGUCCGGUUUACUCCUCACGCGGAGAUGGACCUUGAGCACCUCAGCUCAGGUGAACCAGGUAUUGGUCAGGCUUCAUUUAACUAUUUUCAGUCAGCGGAGGAAGCAAGGUGUGCCAUCGAGGCUGUGCUGUCAGCUGACCCUCGAUCUGUAUAUCGACGGAAACUCUGCCAGGAUCGUCUUUUCUACUUUACAGUAGACACAGCACAUGUCACGUGCUGGUUUGGUGAUGGCUUUGCAGAGGUCUUAAGGAUCAAGCCGGCUUCUGAGCCUGUUCAGAUGGGUGACCCUGCGGAGUCCUUGGUGCCUCUGGGAUCGUGAGUAGCCUCCGUCGAGUCUUUAAGGCAGCCUAAUUGACUUCGGUGUGGCUGUUGGAUUUUCUGUACAAGCUAAUGAUGUGCCUUCUUUGCAGAAAGAAGCAACGCUUUGUGAUCUCACUGCUUUGAUUGAUUUGGGUUGUUCAGAAUAUUUAUUUGAAAAACAUGUAUUUUAAUAAACUAAGAGAUAAAGAAUUUGGAGAAAUCGCCAUAUCAUGAUCGUUUUUGAUCAGUUAAUAUUGAAGAAUCCAAAGGUGAUGCUUUAUCACUGUUUUCUGAAAGAAGUCAAUUCUUCUUGGCACUUGAUAAAACUAACUGGGCAGAAGCUGGGUGGAUGUGUUGAAAAAUUCAUGUUGGUUUUUUUGUCUGAAAAAGCCUGACCUCUCUGUUUUAUUCUAAAUCAAACUGAGUUAUGAUAUCUUAAGAAACUUAACAAAUCAAAAACCAAGUAGUUAUAAAGAUCUUUAGAGAUUAAACCCCUGUGUUUCAGAGACUUUGCCAUACACUCACGCAUGCACACACGCACACACACGUAUGUGUAAUAUUUAAUCCUGAUUCCAAAAUUAGAGACGCUAAGGUUUCUUUGGAUGCCUUUGUAUCAGAAAAGAAAGUCACUCUGAGAAGUCCAAGAAAAUAACUUAAUUACUGGUUUAUUUCUUGUUUAUUCUAUGACUGUUUACUGAGAACUAUCGUGAGUUAGGUUUUGGUGAUAGAAUGAAAUGAACAGGAUGCAAUUCUCGUUGCAGGUCAUAGUUGUGGAGGAAGAAGACACAAACACAUUGUUGUAUUACAGUUAGAUAGAGUAAUUAAGUCCAUACAUGAUUCCUGUGUAAGCACCACACGGGAAUCAGUCGUAAGAAUGUAUUGCCUAUAGGUGACUUUAAAGAUGUGAUCCCAGAUAACUGAAGGUUUAUGAUCAGUGUAACCAAAUUAGGCACCUGUCAACAUGACGUAGGCUUUCCUAAUCGCAACUGUAGAUCUUAAUAGCUGCUUGAUCAUGGUUUUGAAAUGAGCCCUGCUGCCUGUGGAUACUUGCACAGAGUCAUUUGUGGCUGAUGACACUGCACUCCUGAAACAAACUGGGUUUUAUUUGAGUUUACUUAGAACCUCUUGGGGAGGUAUAUUUAAUUUGACUUUUAAAAGCUUUUUAUUUCUAGAUAAUUACAGAUUCAUAGGAAGUUGGAAAAAAUAGGGCAAAGGUCCCAUGUACCCUUUACCUAGCUUCUUCCCAUGGUAACAUCUUACAUAACUAUGGUAAGGAAGUUGACAUUGGUACAAUCCACCCUUUUGGAUUUUGAAUUCUUUUCUCUUAAAAUUACUUUGAGACUGAGUCAGGUCUUGAAGCACAAAAUGUUGAUAUUUAAUAUGGUAAAAAUAACUCUUAGGACCAUACCAACUGGCCUUCUAGCAAGAGGACUGUUCUGUUGUUUGGGGUUUUAAUAUACAUUCUCAGGAUUUUAAAACUAAAAUCCUAAAUAUAAUCCAGCUUAGUUCUCUGCCAGCUCACCAGUCUUUUCAUUAUACCCAGUGUUUGGCCCUCUCCCCCUGCUUAAACCCCUCGGUGAUGACCCUUCAUGCCUGCCCUGUGUAGCUCAUUAUUAAAGUGUUCUUCCUUUGUAUGAGAUCAGAUCUGUUCUCUGAUAACUCCACCCUCUGGCCAGGCCACAUAGGGUAAAGCUGAUCAGGCUUCCAUGUUUUCUUCAGCUGUUUCUCAUAUAACGUGUUCUUGAGCCUCACCCCACCCUCAGUCCUUGAGUCCCCCAUGUGAGCUUUUGUCUCUAGGCAAGUGUCAUAUUGUGAGGAAAUUUGUAUCUCUGGGUUACGAACUUCCAUCCCUCAGCAAGAUUAAUCAUUUGAAGUAAAUCUACUAUUCCUUUUCAUCUUGGAAACUUUUUCAAAAGAAAGGGACGCAAAUGACAUCCACCUUAGAGUUUAGCCUUUGCUUUUUGGUGCCUGUUUGGGGAACCCUGAUAGCUGAUUAUUUUCACUAGCUUGGAGAUAAACUCCAGGAGUUCAAGCUGUUUAGGUAAUUCUGGCUUUCGGCCCACCUGCCCCAGCUUUCCAGAACAGUCACUUCCACAAGAAACGCUGAUACUUGUCAGUCACAUAUAGGAAGAGAUUAGAAGGAUGAGUGCCAUUUAUUACAUUUUAAAAUUGUAUCCUGGCUUAAGGAGGGGGAUGGAUUAUUCCAGCAUGCGGAGGCUGUGCACAACCAGGUAGACUCAUUAGCUAAACCCAUGAGCUCUUGUUGGUAGUUUUCUUUUUAUGAUACAGUCCCAAAGGAGGCAGAUGAGGACUCAGUAAUAAUGAAAUGUGUGUCAGUUACUGAACUUUUAGCACAUCCUGGGCACUGGGCUACAUGCUCUCCCUACAUUGACCAGAGGUUAAGCGACGUGUUCAGGCUCACAGAGCUGGUCAGCCAAGCAUCGAGGAUUUCAGCCCACCCGCCUGGUCCCAGAGUUGGCUCCCUUCUUAGCUUGGCGCUCCUGCCUCCCCCAGUGCAGGUGCAGAUGCUCAGCCAACCAUGCUGCUUUAUUUGAAGCAACUCCAUAUGCUUCAUAAGCACAGGAAGCUUCACUUAGAGUGAUGCUGAUGGAAAUCUAAUCACUAAACGAAGAACAGGGAGAGGAAUAAGGGCAGAGAUGUCCAUUCCCACUAGAUCUGCUUGGAACCUCCUGGGAAGCAGCAUGGGAGGUAUAGAGAGCACUGAGGCUGGCCUCAGAAAGUUCAAGGACUCUUUCUGCUCUGCCCUGUGCUUGCUGUGUGCCCGUGGGCGAGUCACUGAGCCCAUCUCCACCUCCGUGACCUUACAGAGUUGUUGUUACAAGGAUAAUGCCUGGGAAAGUAUUUUCUAAACUCUUCCAUGGUCUGUAACUUAGGUCAUUUUUUUAUUGUGCCUGUCGUCAUCAACACCCUUUCUCUGUCACUCUGCUCUGGCUUACCUGGCUGGACAAGCAGACUCAGGAGAAUCAAGGGGUCCCUAAAAUCCAGUGUAUGGAAGGUCUUGUUUUAUUAUCAUUACAGAAUUUUUUUUUAAAAAAGAACUUCUUUUAGCAAGUUAUAGGACGUUUUACUAAGGGAGCUGUCACAAAGUGCCCCACCUUAAGGACCCAGUUGACAUUUUGCCACCUGCCCCCCCCCCCCGGCUUUCCCUCCUGAGGUUGCACAUGUACCAGGAACCGCCUUCACUGCCCAUGCACACAGUCCCCAGCUCAGUCCCUUUCUCACGCACGAUCCUCUUCAGGACCCUUUCUCUCUCACCUUCUUUCCUGAUUCCAGCCCAGAUAUUUCAGGGUAAGUCUGCAUUUCUUUUAUUUAUUUAGCUUUUUUUUUUUUACAUUUCUUUUAUAAGAAAAUAGAAUUAAUCAUGAUGUGAAAUUAUUAAGGUAAGUUCUACCUCUGUGACAGAGAAGAGACAAGUUGUAAGGAUUAAAAAAGCUCAAUGAAAUAUAAUAGGGAUUUUUGGUCAUUGCUAAAAAUAAGGUUCCUCAUCUGGGUAGCCACCAAACGACUCUCCAGCAUCCUCUCUGAUCUGCUCUCUGCCCCCUCUCUGCCUCUGUGGGUUCCAGGAAGUGGGACUCACAGAGGGCUCAAGGUUUAGGUCGGUGCAUGUGACUGUGAGUGACAAGCACAAGAAAAGCCUUUCCAGUACCCACAGUGACGGCAGGGGAUGGGGGGCAAAAACUCAGCGGUACCCUCUCUGUUUUCUGAUGGAGGGUGCUACUUGGCCUACGAACUCAAGCCACACAGACCAAUCAACUUUGAGUCAAUGUAUGUUUAUGUUGUGCUGACAAAAACGGUAGGGUUGGAUGUAAUGCAGGGUUUCCUACUUUUUCUACUUUGUAGAUAACUUGAGAAGUCUAUUCAGAUUCUUCACUAAUGCUUCAUGCAGUUCAAGAUGUGUAAAACUUUUUUAUUCAGUGUUAACUAAUUUUAUUUUUAAAAAUCACCACAUGCUAAACACUGAAGAAGUCUAAUAAUUCUUCACAGUGGUAUAGACGUUAUAGUUUACAAAGCCAUUUAAAAUAUGUUGACUCAUUUGGUAUCUUAGCAACAUUUUGGGUGGAUUUUGCUUCUGGGCACUAAGCUGGGAACCUAACCGCUAUUUAGAACAGGGCUCAGCAGACUAUAGUCUGAAGGCCAAGUUUGGCCCACAGCCUGUUUUUGUGUCACCUAGGAGCUAAGAUUGGUCUUUAUAUUUUUAAAAGAUUGUAAACAAAAGCAAACAGCCCCCAAAGCUGAACCAGUGACAGAAUAUGGCAUGCAAAGCUGAAGAUUUUACCAUCUGGCCCUUUACAGAAGACGUUUAUGGACCCUGAUUUAGAACAUUAUUUCUCUGAAAAGGUGUUGUGAGUUCCAGAAAGCUUAUUUAUAAAAUAGGUUUUUGGGUUAUUGCAUGCUUUUAAGUCAUGGACUCUCUAAAUCCUUUUGAAAGGAUUUAGUCAUGUAGCCAUGUGAGAAAGUUCACCAAAUACAACAUAAAUAGUAAAGUAUGUGUUAUAAUGUUCUAUUCAUACAUGUCAAAUGAAGUUAUACAAAUCCAUGUUUAUACAUAUGUAGAAGACUUCUAGAAGGAUAAAUACAAGUAUGCUAACGAUGGUUGCUUGGGGGUGGGGGCAUGUUCUCUGGGGGCUUAUUGGGGAAGGGAACUUUUCACUUUAUUCUCUUCAGUAUGCUGUGGAUUUUUUUUCUAAUCAUGAGCACAUGUUAUUUUUAUAGGUGGAACAUAAGGAGAGUUAAAUGUCCUAACUUGAGUAAGUUCGAUUUAUAUAAAUAUGUAACUUUGUCCUCGCGCCCCCCCCCCCCCCCCCCAAUCUGGUAAAUAUAGUUAGAGAUAUAUUUUCCUGGAGCAUCACAUGUGGAUCACAGAAACAGAAAUCACCCAGGUCACACAUCAGCUGUGGAGCUGAGCCAGUUUGGAGCAGGUAAACUGGCUGGGCCUGGGCAGCUUGUCCCCAAGGAUGCACUGACUUUUUCUCUUCUUCCCAGACAGGGUUUUGGAUAAGGCAUUGGGCCUCCAGGCAGAAGACAGGCGCCUGUGCGGGAUGGUGUUGCUGGUAGAGGGCUGAGCUGCUGAGAGCACCUUAGCUCUGUACUUGCCAAACCUGUGCAGUUCGUCCAGGCUAGACAAAGGGAUGGGUCUCUGCUUGCAGGAUCAUUUCACUCGUCAGCUCCUCCCACUGGGUCUCUGUCUGCUUGCAUUUAGUGAGCUCACAGGCCAUUUGACUGCUGGGGAUUGCUCUCCCUGGAUCCCCAGGGCUGGCCCUUACCCACUGUCAAAAGCUGAGCUCAGUCAGCAGGAAAGGAGAGGCUCAGAGCUGGGGAUCGACUAUUCCCACUGGGUCAGGGGACUGUGCUGAGAUGGAGGUGGGGCAGACUAGGAAGAAGGGCAGGCUGGCACGGUCACAGGUGGCAGAGCUGAGCUUGCGUUGGCGGUGGAGUAGGGCUGUCAACAGAUUGGAGGCUCAGGCUCUGCCUGGGUUGGGGAGGAGUCAAGGUCAGAGAACUGGCAGAGCCAAGGCAGGACCGAGUCCCAGAGGGGUUAGGCUGGUUAUCCAGGGACCUCAGGGACUUCAAGUCAGGGACCCCCUCAUAUCGGAGCUGGAGAUUUCUCUUCCUUAGUUCUUUGCCCAGUAUCCUGUCUUUGCCAAGAUAAAAGGUCACAUUCAAAGAUACCGUCAAUCUAGGAGGACAACAUGAGUAAGAAGAGCUUGCAAACAAGGCAAGGAGAAAUCAAGUGACAUAAAAUGGAUUGAUUAGUGAAGCCAUGCACAGGAUAUCCGCUGGGUCCUCAGGUGGGAGGAGCUUGGUCAUCAGAGCUUGCCCUCUCUUCCUCUUGGGACUCCUACUACCACACAAACAAGCCUGAGUUAGCCUGCUUGAGAUCAUGGCUGAGUCUCAGCUGAUACUGAACCAGUCACCAGACGUAUAAGUGAAGCCAUCCUGUAUCAUCCAGCUAUAUCUGAGUUGGCCUAGAUGGCCAGCCAGCACAAAGAAUCAUGAGGGGAAAAAACUGUUUAUUUUAAGCCACUAAUUUUGGGAUGAUUUUGCUACAAAACAAAAGCUAGCUUGUGACAUUUAGCUUCCACACUCUUGAGCAGUGGAAAGUGAGCUUAUUUAACAGGAGGGGUUAACAUGACAAAAUCCUUAAAUGAUAAAGGGGUUUUUAGGGCAGGAUGGAUUUUUGUGAUGAAAGUCAUGAAAAAAUAGUAAUAAAUAACAGCUAACAUUUAUUAAGCACUUCAGGUUAGGUACAGAGCUAAGAGUUUUAAUUAACAUGGAUUAUCUCAUUAUGAGGAAAGAUACUGUUAUUUCCACUAUACAGUUGAGAAGCUGAGGAUCAAGGACAUGAAAUUACUCUACAAGGUCUCAUGGUUAGAAAGGGGGAAGACUUAGGAUGUAAAUCCUGAGUCUGUAAAACUGCAGAACCAACAUUUUUUUUAUAUUGAUUUUGAAACUUAAAAAAAAAUUAUUUAUUGGUUGCACUGGGUCUUCGUUGCUGCU